AUGAGCACUACACAGCAGAUAACCAAGUUAACUGAAACAGAACUACGAAAUAAUAUCCCUUUUCAAGCUUCAUGGCAUCAAGAAUAUAAUGAUUCCGCCUACAUUUUCAUUGGUAACUUGCCUCAGCCGUUCACCGAGGAACAAAUAUUGACUGUAUUCUCCCAGUUCGGAGUUCCUACAGAAAUAAAACUUGUUAGAGAUCGAGAGACCCAAGAAUCAAAGAGGUUUGCGUUUCUCAAAUAUGAGGAUCAGCUUAGCACGGUAUUGGCGGUGGAUAAUUUGAAUGGGAUCACUCUUCAAGAUCGAACAAUUCGGGUGGAUCAUUGUUAUUACAAAGUCCAAUUGGAUGAUGAUGGAAAUGAGAUCCUCAAUGAGUUUGAUAGACGAAUAAGGAACGAAAUGCUCAAAGAUUUUGUUAAUUAUGAAGGUGAUGCUGCGAAAGAAUCAACAGCAGGAUCAAAUACUGUGGACCAGAAACAUAGAAUUACUGACAAAGAUCAUAGAUCAAAUAGAUCAGAAAGAAAUGACAGCAGCAGGAGUCGUCAUGGUCACCGCCAUAAAGAGUAUAAUCGUGAUAGAAGUCGUGAGAGGCGCUAUCAUCUGCUGUCUAGAAGUGAUAGAGAGCGCCAUCACCAUGGGCACUCCCACCGUCUGUCACGCAAACUGAGCGAAGUAUCAAGCGACAGAUAUAAAGAGGAACGAUCUAAAGACAGAUAUAAAGAGGAACGAUCUAAAGACAGAUAUAAAGAGGAAAGAUCUAAAUACGAGUCACAUCAUAGGCACAGAAGUGGAUCUCACAAAGACCGAAGCAAGAAAUCAGAUAAUGAGAAUCAUGAAACAUCCACUCGCAGAGAUGGAGAAUCCGAUACUAAAAACCGUGAAGAAACUGAAGUAGAGACAACCAGGGAAAAAAACUCAGACAAUGGAGCUGAUCUUGCGUGGUGA